AUGGCGGGCCCGAGAGCAGGGCCGGGCCUGUCAAUAGAUCGGUCACGACAACGUGGUGGACGGGCAGUUUGCGCGCACAUGCUGCGUAGACGGCAUAGCAUACUGACGAUAAGAUACGUAGUAGCUGAAGCGCUGGCACCAGCAAUACGGUUCGACUCGAAGACAGAUUCAGAGAACCCCAAAAACUGGUCAUUUCGACGAAAGGUGCUCAUCACUAUGCUAUAUGGUCUUACGACCAUGUGUUCGACGUUCGCGAGUAGUGUAUUCAGUCCGGCCACCGAGUUAAUUAGCCAGCAAUAUGGCAUUUCCACCGAAGUUGCUAUCUUGGGUCUCGCUCUCUUCAUCGCGGGUUAUGUCCCGGGCCCGAUCAUAUUUGCUCCGAUAUCAGAGCUCUAUGGCCGCAAAAUCAGCGUUCUCGCCCCGAUGAUUAUCUUCAUCUGCUUCACCGCUGGCACCGCCACGGCCGAGAACCUUCAGACGAUCUUCAUCACUCGCUUCUUCGCGGGUGUCAUGGCUUCGUCGCCUGUCGCGACCGUCGGUGGCGGCCUUGCGGACAUGUUCGACCAGAAAGAAAGAGGGACGGCAGUGGUAUUUUACUCGCUCGCCGUCGUUGCUGGACCUACGCUUGGCCCCAUCAUUGGUGGCGCCGUUUCGCAGUCGAGUCUCGGCUGGCGGUGGACGGAAUACCUAUCUCUGAUUCUCACCAGCGCCGUAGUUCUGGCAGAUGUCUUCUUUCUCCCCGAGACAUUUGCACCAGUGCUGCUCACGCGCAAGGCACGACGCUUGAGACUGAAGACUGGCCGAUGGGCACUGCAUUCCCGUCAAGAAAUGCAGGAGUACACCUUAAGAAGCUUCAUGGAGAAGAACCUGUUGAGGCCGCUCAGGAUGCUCGCCACUGAGCCGAUGGUUUUCUUGACUACAAUAUACAAUUCCUUUGCCUACGGUAUCCUGUAUCUUCUGUUUGCCGCUGUCCCGAUAAUCUACGAAGAGAAUCGCGGGUGGAGCACUCUCGUCGGCUCUCUUCCCUUCCUCGGUGUUCUGGUCGGGACAAUACUAGCCGCAGCCAUCAAUAUCUCAUACUCGCGGUACCGCUUCGCACCCCUGGUAGAGAAACAUGGGAGGGUUGACCCCGAGCAUCGACUGCCGCCUAUGAUGAUCGGUGCCGUCACGUUCCCGAUUGGAUUCUUCCUGCUGGGAUGGACGAGCAGCCCGAGCAUCCACUGGUUCCCGGGUGUGCUCGGGCUGAUGUUCAUCGGCAUGAGCUUUUUGCUCAUCUUCCAAGCCGGUAUAAACUACCUCAUUGAUGCCUACACCAAAUACAGUGCUUCCGCCGUAGCAGCGAAUACGUUCAUGCGAAGCUUCUUCGCAGCGGGCCUACCACUUGUCGCACAACCCUUGUUCCACAAUCUCGGUAUUGAUUGGGCGUGUACUCUUCUUGGGUGCGUAAGCGUGCUCCUCGCAGUCGUUCCAUUCUUGUUUUACGCCUUCGGCAAGCGGUUACGCACCAGGUCAAGAAUGGCUGCUGAUGACCUAUAA